CGACGGAAGGCACUAUUGAUCGUCAACAGCAUCGUCGUCGUCGUCGUCGUCGUCCAUCAUCGAUGCUCGAGGCCUUUGCGCGACAGUGAUGGUAUUCUGGGUGAGCCAGCCAGCCAGCCAGCCAGGAGCAGCACCUGGGCGGGCGUCUUCGCAUCUCAGCUGCGCUCGGGCCGCAUCGCGCGGGGAAGAGGGGACGGACGGACGUCUGUGGCUGCUGCAACGCGCCCACUUCCGAAGGGGUGUUGUACUAGCGCCCAUUCCUACUCUUGCCCCACACUCCCUACCUCAUCCCAGACUGGCUCACCGCUCCUAGACCAUCAUGAAGGUGGUGGUCACCGGCGCAUCCGGCUUGCUAGGCCGCGCAGUACAUGCUCACUUUGCCGCCCAAUCCCACGAGGUCCUCGCCUUGGCAAACUCGCGCGCAGCCAGUGGCAGCAACCUCGUCCAGCUUGAUCUCCUCGACACAGUUGCCUUUGCCACCCUCGUACACGACUUUGCGCCAGACGUCAUCGUACAUACCGCAGCCGAGAGGAGGCCAGACGUGGUACAGAGAGACCCAGACAGGUGUCACACCCUCAACGCAGAGGUACCAGGUAGGAUCGCCAGCAUUUGCAAGGAGGCAGGCAAACAGGCGAGGUUGAUCUACAUCAGUACCGAUUAUGUCUUCGAUGGCUCAAGACCCCCUUAUCAAGUUGAUAGCGAAUCCAAUCCUCUGAAUGCCUACGGUACUUCUAAGCUGCUGGGUGAAAGAGCUGUGGCGGAGCAGGGGCAAGCUGGCAAGACGACCUCUUUACGUGUACCGGUUUUAUAUGGCGAUGCCAUUGAACCUUCAGAAUCAGCAGUCAACGUCCUCACCACUACCAUCGUCGCGCCAUCAGACGAUAGGAAAAUCUCCAUGGACGCAUACGCUGUGAGGUAUCCCACCAAUGUAGCCGACGUAGCCAAGGUAAUCGAACAGAUCGCUCGCAUGGCAGUCGAGAAUCACAAGGACCUUCCUCCCAUUUUGCACUUUCAAGCCACUGAGGCCAUGACCAAGUAUGACAUGUGUAACGUCAUGUGUCGGCUCCAGAAUCGGAACGCACCCCCUCUACCUGAAGCUUCCGUCACUCAUCUCGAGCCAGAAUACGAUGUCGACCCAAUGGCCGCUACCUCGAGGCCCAGACAUUGCAAGAUGGAUACCAGUGUGCUGCAGUCAUUCGGCGUCGACGUGACUCAUGUCUCUUUCGAGUCUUGGUGGGGAGAAGAAAUGGAGAAGCAAGCGUCUCUGGUCACCAAAGCAAAAGAAGAAGCUGAAGCCAAUGCUGCUUUGGCCCUUUCGUCAGCCGACGAGGCUAACGGCGUUCAAGAAGGCAAGGAUCGGGAUAGCGUAUCGGGAGCAGAGCCGAGUCCGCAGGAAAGCGGGACGGGAGAUUCCCCCGAGAACGCGACAUACAUCAAUCAGACGGAAGAAAUCCACCCUGAUGGAGCUGCGAGUCGCCCGACGCCAAUGCCUGCGCCACAUGCCGAGCCCGGCGAUCUGUCUACGAUCACUGCAAAGGCCGGCCAUGACUCUGUCGCAAAGGCAUCUGCCCCUAGUGCGGUGCCGUUAGCCACACCAUCGAGCCCAAAUCCUUCGUUCUCGUCCCUUCGAGGGAGACCAACGCCACCAGGCACUUCUGAUGUGCGAAGUCCGAGCACUUCGCAAGCACCCUCGCUUCGUAACGCAGAGGGCGCGAUCUCAUUGGCCGUCGAGUCAUCCGAGACGAUUGUCUCCGCUUCCGACAUUGCUCAAGCACCGGUAGACAGUCACUCGAACAUCGCCGGCUCGAGCGGCCAUCAAGCCUCAGAAGACGCUCCAUCUGACUCUUCAGAUGCUGCUGCAGCUCAGGCAGGUCAGACGCAAACAAGUCUUGGUAGUGCCGGUGGUCUGGCAGCAGCUGCACAGCUAUCUGAUAGUACUAUAGCAGAGACAGUGGGCCGCACACAGCACUCCCCCUCCGGAGCAACCGAUGACGAUAUCUAUGGCCAACCGUCACCGCGUCCCCACGGUACAGAACCAGCAUCUUCCCUGUCUCUAGCCAGUGAUUCAGCCCGUGAAGCCACAGAAGCCAACACUGACAGCAAGAUUCACAGCGAGGUCAACGGCACCGCAAAGUCAUCCUAUCUGUUCCUCAUCAAGGUCGGCGAUCCUCACAAAGUCGGCGAGAGCAUGACGGGCCACAUUCUGUAUACCGUACGGACACAGACCGAUGCUGCUGGCUUCCGCGCUUCCCAAUUCUCUGUCCUUCGACGUUAUUCCGAUUUCCGAUGGCUCCAUGCUGCGCUCGUCCACAACAACCCGGGCAUCAUCAUCCCACCAGUCCCGGAGAAGGUUCGUGGUCUAAUCUCACGCUUUUCGCCUGAUCUAGUCGAGACUCGACGACAAGGCCUCGAGCGGAUGGUCAACAAGGUAGCCAAUCACCCAGAAUUAGCCAAGGAUGACGACCUGAAGCUGUUCCUCGAGAGUGACGAUUUUGGCAGAGACGUCAAAUUGCGAGACGCAAUGAAAGGCCCAGUACCGACGCCCGAGGCCAAGACAUGGAUGGGAUGGAGUGGUACUGUAGGCGUCAAUAGCGGCCAGAAGUUUCACGAGCAUGACGAAUGGUUCGAUCAGCAGAGGGCUUACCUGGAUUCGCUGGAAGCUCAACUCAAACAAAUGGUCAAAAGCCUGAACACCCUAGCCCAGACCCGCAAAGAUCUCGCUGAUUCCAUAGCGGCCCACUCACAUGCCCUCCUGAUGCUCUCGGCAAGCUCUCUCUCUCGCUCCCUUUCCGCGUGCUUUGCUGGGCUGGGCGACCUGCAUCGUCGUGCUCAGGAGCUGGAAGACAUUCAAAGCGAUUCGGACACACGACACUUUGGCAGUGUACUCUAUGAGUACGAAAGGAUCGUUGGAAGCGUCAGAAAAGCUUUUUCCACAAGAAUCGACUGCUGGCAUCUGAUGCAGAAAGCCGACGACGAGCUCCGCCGCGUCCGCACGAAGCACGAGAAGGUCAAACGAGAGAGUGCGGCAAGCCAUUACUACGAGGAAUCACUCAAAGAUCUCGCGGAGGCGGAGACGUAUGCUUUAGAAUGUCACGCCAAUUUCGACCUAGUCAGCCGUCGGACUAAAGACGAGAUGAAGCGUUU